CUUUUGUUGCGACACAAGGUAAGGGUGAAAGUUGAAGGGUAUGUUGUCAACAUGGCAUCUGGUAUUAGUGCAAAGCAUGGAUUAUUAACCACAAAAUGUUCGGUGUUUCGCUCACUCCAAAGAAAGAUAUUGCCACACGCUAUUUGCAUUCAACGACCUACAGAAGUGAAAUGUCUACGAGCUUCAACAAACUCGACUAUAGAGUCGCAGCACAACGAAAAAUACUGUAUCGAUAUUGUGAGGUCUCGGGACUAUGACGGUUUUGUGUCCUCCCUGCUUCUCCCUGAGGAUGCCCGACGCUCCUCACUGGCCCUGAGGGCCUUCAAUGUCGAGCUGGCUCAGGCAGGUGAAGGACUCUGUUUCCCAGAAGACUAUAGGUCUGAUGCGGAUGCAGUUCUGGAAGACUACAGUGGAGGAGAUCUACAGGGACGACCCCCCAGUGCAGCCUGUCAGUGCAGAACUAUGGAGGGUCUGUCUGAAGCGGUGAAGAAACACUACCUGACAAAGAGGUGGAUGCUUAGGAUAAUCUCUGAGAGAGAGAAGGACAUGGAAGACCGAGCUUAUAGAAACCUCCAGGAGUUGGAGGCCUAUUCAGACAAUACCCAGUCCUCACUACUGUACCUUCUUCUGGAGAGUUUAGGUGUGAAAGAUGUCCAUGCUGAUCAUGCUGCCAGCCAUAUUGGUAAGGCCCAGGGGAUCGUGAUGUGCCUAAGAGCCACGCCCUACAACAGCAGCAGACGCAAAGUCUACCUACCUAUGGACAUCUGCAUGCUGCACAGAGCCUCCCAGGAGGACUUCAUCCGAGGAAGCCGGGAACAGAAUGUGAGAGACGUGGUUUAUGACAUUGCCAGCCAAGCCCACGUACACCUAGAACACGCCAGAUCAUUCAGCAAGAACAUACCAGCUUCUGCUUUCCCUGCCUUCCUCCAGACGGUGGUGCUGGAGGACUACCUUCAAAGGGUGCGGCGGGUAGACUUUGAUGUGUUCCAUCCCAGCCUACAGAAAAGAAACCCACUGAUCCCCAUCCAGCUUUAUAUUCGCUCCUGGAAGAAGACCUAUUGACCUGUAUGGUGGGACCUUAUCGUUUGCCCUAUUGUAAUUUAUACCAGGUUUAAACAUCCGGUUUCCCAAAGUCCCGCUCUUGUAUGUUGGUUUCUAAGUAGACCUAUCUACAACAGUGGAUUUCAAGAGACUCUUCCAUCUAUGAUGUCAGCACUCCCCAGAAAAGGAUUCUGAUCUAAAACAUGCCUCUGCCAUCUAAACCAGUUCACCUGUGUUAUUCCCUGUUGUAGACUAGACAGCUGAGGACCACAGACAGAUUAUUGUAAAGCAAUAACUACAGUACUGGAGACUGAACUGCUGCCCUGAUAUAUUGAGUAUUUUCAGUAAUAAAUCAUGUAGCCAUGUU